AUGGGUCAGGCUCCUAGUGGCGGAGCGCCCGGUCGCGGAGGCAAAGACAACAAGAAGGACCAACAGAAAAAGUGGGAGCCGCCCCUGCCAACCCGCGUAGGCAAGAAGAAGAAGCGCGGUCCCGACUCGUCUUCCAAGCUUCCGGCUGUCUACCCCAACACGCGAUGCCGAUUGAAGCUGCUCAAGCUCGAACGAAUCAAGGACCAUCUUUUGCUCGAGGAGGAAUUCGUUCAGAACCAGGAACGUCUCAAGCCACAGGAGGACAAAGAAGCAGAGGAACGCACAAGAGUUGACAACCUCAGAGGCAGCCCCAUGGCUGUAGGCACUUUGGAAGAGAUCAUCGAUGACGAACACGCCAUCGUUAGCAGCGCAACUGGCCCAGAAUACUACGUCAGCAUCAUGAGUUUUGUCGACAAGGACCUGCUCGAGCCCGGUUGCAGCGUUCUUCUUCAUCACAAGGCCAUGGCCAUUGUCGGUGUACUCUCCGACGACGCCGACCCCAUGGUGAGCGUCAUGAAGCUCGACAAGGCGCCCUCGGAGAGCUAUGCCGACAUUGGUGGUCUCGAGACGCAGAUUCAAGAAAUCAAGGAAGCCGUCGAACUGCCUCUCACACAUCCCGAGCUGUACGAGGAGAUGGGCAUCAAGCCACCCAAAGGUGUCAUCCUCUACGGUGUUCCUGGUACGGGCAAGACGUUGCUCGCCAAAGCGGUCGCCAACCAGACUUCAGCCACAUUCUUGCGGGUCGUCGGCUCCGAACUCAUCCAGAAGUACCUUGGUGACGGUCCCAAGCUGGUGCGCGAGCUCUUCCGCGUCGCCGACGAGCAUGCACCAAGUAUCGUGUUCAUCGAUGAGAUCGACGCCGUCGGCACCAAGCGAUACGACUCGAAUUCGGGUGGAGAGCGAGAGAUCCAGCGAACGCUGCUGGAGUUGCUCAACCAGCUUGACGGUUUCGACACGCGACACGACGUCAAGGUGAUCAUGGCCACCAACCGAAUCGAGUCGCUCGACCCGGCUCUGAUCCGUCCAGGACGUAUUGACCGAAAGAUCGAGUUCCCCUUGCCCGACCAGAAGACCAAGAUGCACAUCUUCAAGCUGCACACGUCGCGCAUGAACCUCGACGCGGACGUGGAUCUAGAAGAGUUCGUCGCUAUGAAGGACGACCUUUCCGGUGCUGAUAUCAAGUCGCUUGUUACCGAGGCGGGUCUGUUGGCGUUGCGAGAGAGGCGUAUGCGCGUCACCAAGAAGGACUUCACCACGGCUCGCGAGAGGGUCAUUGACCGAAAGAACGAGGGCACGCCAGAAGGUCUUUACUUGUGA